AGUCAAGCACCCUAACACGACUGAGUCAAACUAAAUGAGAUAUAUGAAAUGGAUUUAAUGGAGUGACUGUUUAUUCUCAUCUUUAGUAUUUCUAUUCCUUCACAAAAUUUGGUUGAACUGAGUGAAUAUUGCUAGAGAUCUGAAAUGUCUGAAAAUGGUAAAAAAGUGGCAAUAGGAAUUGACCUUGGCACAACUUAUUCAUGUGUUGCAGUGUGUAUGAAUGAUAAGGUAGAGAUUAUAGUGAAUGAUCAAGGGAACAGAAUAACACCUUCUUAUGUUGCUUUCACUGACUCUCAAAGGAUGAUUGGUGAUUCUGCUUUCAAUAUGGCUGUUUGCAACCCGACCAACACUGUCUAUGAUGCAAAGAGGCUAAUUGGUAGGAAAUUUUCUGACCCAAUAGUUCAGAGUGAUAUGAAAUUAUGGCCAUUUAAAGUAAUUGGCGGCAUCGAUGACAAACCCAUGAUUGUUGUCAAUUACAACGAAGAAGAAAAACAAUUUGCUGCCGAGGAAAUCUCGUCCAUGGUAUUGUCAAAAAUGUGUGAGAUAGCAGAAGCUUACCUUGGAUCAAAAGUGAAGGAUGUUGUUAUAACAGUUCCUGCAUAUUUUGAUAACUCACAACGUCAAGCUACUAGAGAUGCAGGUGAAAUUGCAGGCCUCAAUGUUAUGCGAAUAAUCAACGAGCCUACUGCAGCAGCAAUUGCAUAUGGCCUUGGCAUGAAACCAUUUAAUCAAGGACGAAAGCAUGUUUUCAUUUUUGAUUUAGGUGGUGGUACUUUGGACGUGUCUAUUGUCACAUUUGAGAAAGAUGAUAUCAAAGUUAAGGCCCAUGCCGGAGACACUCACCUCGGAGGACAGGACUUUGAUAAUACAAUGGUGAACCAUUUUGUGAAGGAGUUCUUGAGGAAGCAUAAAAUUGAUAUUAGUAGAGACCCAAGAGCUCUUAGGCGGUUGAAGUCGGCUUGUGAGAAAGCAAAGAGGAUACUUUCUUCCAAUACUGACACUACCGUUGAGAUAGAAUGUUUAAAUCAAGGUAUAGAUUUUUACUCACCAAUUAGUCGCGCAAAGUUUGAGGAACUCAACAAGAAUCACUUCAACAAGUGCAUGGAGAUUGUAGAAAAGUGUCUAAUAGAUAGCGGUGUGGAGAAGAGUAGCAUUGAUGAUGUUGUCUUAGUCGGUGGCUCUACAAGGAUUGUAAAACUGCAACAACUAUUGAGUGAUGUCUUUGAAGGCAAGGAAUUAUGCAAAAGAAUCAAUGCCGAUGAGGCGGUUGCAUAUGGUGCUGCAGUCCAAGCAUCUAUAUUGAGUGGGGAAUUCAAUGAAAAAGUUCAAGUUUUGAUGGAAGUUAUUCCUUUGUCCCUUGGAUUGGAAACACAUGGGGGGAUCAUGAGAAUAAUAAUUCCUAGGAAUACCAUGAUUCCUACAAACAAGGAACAUAUAUUCACUACACAUUUCAACAACCAAACCAAUAUUCUAAUUCAUGUUUAUGAGGGUGAGAGGCAAGCAACUAGAGACAACAACUUGCUAGGAAAAUUUGUGUUGGAAAUUCCUCCAGCUCCGGCAGGUCUUCCUCAAAUCAAGAUUAGCUUCCAAAUUGAUGAUGAUGGCAUCUUACACGUCUCUACCUCGGAAAAAUUGUCCGGGGUUAACAAGAAGGUUAAAAUAAUAAGUGACAAUGGAAGACUUUCAAAGGAGGAAAUUGAGAGGAUGAUCAAAGAAGCUGAGAAGUACAAAGAUGAAGACAAGAGUUAUAGAAUGAAGGUGGAAGCAAGAAAUGCAUUGGAGAAGUAUGCAUACAACAUAAGUAAUGCCAUAAAUGACAGGGAGAUUAGCUCAAAGCUUUCCGAAGAAGACAAGAAAGCGAUCAAUGAAGUAAUUGACUUGGUCUUAAUGUGGCUAGAUGUCAAUGUGAUUGCAGAACAACAUGAUUUUGAAUAUUAUAGAAGCCUUCUUUCAAACGUGUUUGAUCCAAUUAUUGUGAAGAUGGUAAGCGACGAGGGGGAUAGCUUGCAACUCGGUACUGUUGUUGGUUAUGCAGUUGAUAAUAAAAAGAAACGAUGGCCAUCUAUAUUAGCAAAAUAUGCUUUUGAGAUAGGGUAUUCUGCUGCAACAAACAGCUUGGUUAACACAGCUUCUUCUGUAAUUGUUGAGAUUUUUAAAAAUAUGUAGUUAAAACUUCUUGCAAAUUGUAUUGGCAAAUACAUAUUUAAGGUGGUGACAGUGUCAACUAUAAGAUAAAUUGUUGGAUAUGAUUAUAGAUGUAUAAUAUCCUUAUUAAUUAGUUGUUAACAAUGAUAUAAAACAAUGGACUUAUUUCUUUUAUUUCAGUAAA